GAUAAAAGUCGCAGCGUUGUAGCCACAGUCGCUGAACAAUUUGGAAGGGAAUUACACCCUAUGCCAAGAGAUGUCGAUUGCUUUUUUAAGGCUAUGGGAUUUAAUGUUUUAAACGUUGGAUCCCAUAGUGCUCUUACGAACCAUUUUACAUCACUCGGACUGAUUCAAAUUGAUAACAUCGAAGAAAUGGCAAUAAAGCUAAGGGCUAUGAUGGAGCAUGAACUUGUUUAUAACAAAGAAAAGUAUGUUGACUUUGUACAGGAAUACGGAAUGCAAGAAUGGGAAGAGCGUGUUAAACAAUUUCUUCAGCCAGGAGUGUUUUCGGGUGAUGUGGGUGAUUUGAUGGUUAAGGCGACUGUAAAUGUGCUAAAGAUACCUUUGAUUCUUUUAACAUCGAUUGAAAAUUAUCCGGUUAUAAAUGUCACUCCCGAUGAAUUCACUGAGGGAUGCAGUGAUUUCUGUCUGUUCGCAGCGUAUAGCCGAGAGGGACCGGGACGCUACGAUGCUCUUUUUGAAAAUCAACAAAGAAUGGAAACCGUCGAGGAAGUAUCCGCGAAGCCCACACAAAGGUGUACAUGUGGGAUGAAUAGCAAAGAAGUGAAAAAUGUUUGCUGCAAACGACAAGCAGGCGGUAGUCGCCAGUAUGCCUCCCGUUGCCCAUGUCUAAAAGUAAAGCAAUGGUGUGGAGAAAACUGCAAGUGUAACGGUUGCGAUAACCCCUACGGGAAGAAAACUAGUAUUGGAAAGAGCACCAAACGGAAACGAAGCAAAGACCAAUUUGGGGGAGAAAGAAAAAGAGGUCUUCAAUUUAUGAUUGAUAACGAUGAAUCUGUCAGUGAUGGCAAAUGGACAGAUGAAGAAAAUUUAAUCUUGCUUCAGCAUGUCAUGGGCCAGCCCGAAGUUCUAGAGAAAAACAUUCCAAAGCAACUAGUCACUAAACUAACCAAUGCCUACAACAAAAGCGCUAAU